CGUAGCGUCGUACUGCAGAGCCGACAGACCGCGCACACAACCGCGUCCUAUAUCACCGGCGGCGUGGACGCGGGGCCUCGAACACCGUCCGUCGUCGGACUGCAGCGAGCAGAGUCCGCUGGCCCGCGUCCGGCGGCGUGCGUGCUCGCUUCGGCCCCGAACGCGCUAGCGAGCGAGGGCGCGCGCGCACAUCGCCGCCGACGGCGCACGCAGUGAACGCGCGCGCGCGCGCGCGCCCCUCUCCCCUGUCUGCUCUGCGGCGGCACACUGCACUUGGCGAACCACCCACGACCACCCCGGCCAUCCCUGCGCCGCGCGUUCGUGUGCCGGCGGCGCCAAACACGGUAUAUAAUACGAGCGGCACGCGUAACAAGUAUAAAUGGUAAACAAUGGCCGGCGACCAGUCCGGGCGCAGGUAAACGCAUCGGCCGCGACCCGACGAACAGACGUGGACGACAUCAUCGCUGCUGCCGCGGCCGCCGCCGACGUCGCAAGGAUUAAAUGAGAAAAUGCUUUUGCGGUCAGUGGCGGUCGUUCGUCGUGCACGGUGAACGGCACUGCGGCGCUAUGAGUUGCGAAAUUACGGUCGUGGACGACCUUCGGACGGACCCUCCGACGCGGAAGUGCAGCACGAGCAGCACAAACAGCUCGAGCAGCGCCGGAAGCGUAGCCACGUCGGACGGGGAAGUGGACGCGGCCGCGGUGGCCAUCCCCUCGUCGGCCGUCGUGAUGUACGUCACCGACGACGCCGUUGCCGCCGUGGGCGUGGUCGGCUGUCGCGGGGACCGCACUAUCGCGACCGUGGCCAACGUGGACGCGCCGAGUUCGGACAUCCACACGGACCGGGACGAGUGUUCGUCGGACGACAGCUGCAACGGGCCGGACUCGCCCACGGGGCUGAAGAGGGUCGGUUCCGUGUACGACUUCGGGCUGGACGGGGCGGACAGCCCGACGCCGUGCGCCAACCACCCGUUCGCCGGGGGACCGGACGCCGACCUGACCAAGGUGGCGCGCAAGCAGUUGCGCAUGAUUCGCGAAGUAGACGUGGCCGUGUGCCACCUGAAUCACACCAACACGAUUAUCAGCAAGAUACUCAGCUCCAAGUAUCUGAGACGGUGGGAGAACCACCAGAUCCGCUUGCAGGACGAUUGCAUCACUUCGAACACGCCAAAUGGAUUUCUUAGUAAGACUAUUGGGUACGAAGCUAUAAAAGAUUUAUAUCCAGUAAAAAGAUGGGACUCAAAUUUCAAAUACUGUCUUCGUGUAGUGGUCACUAAUGGUUCUUAUUUGCUACAGACAACUAAUCAGUAUUUGAGAGAUCAAAUUCUUUAUUCAAUCCUGUGGAAGAAAAAUGUUCAGGAAACCCAAACACUUUUAAAAAGUCAAUCUGAUCCAGAUGAUAUGUUAAAAGAAUUGCAGAAUAUAGUGGAUUUUGCCAAAAACAUUCCAUUGGUCGAUGAUGAAAUAUUUCAUAUGCCAACUUUUAUUGCCAGUACGCUAAUGACUAGAGACCAGGAAAAAUAUUGCAAACAAUCAUGGGAAAAGGCACUAAUCGGUACGUUGCGCCCAUUGAUUGAAGACUGUCCCCCGUCCGCCGAAAUGUGUUCGUUUUUAUCGCAUCAUUGCAAAGACCAAAGUAGCCUACCUAUCAUUAAAGAUUCCUUAGUUUACACCAUAACAAGAAUACUCAAACAUAAUUUUGACUUCGCAAGAACACUGACGGCUCGUACAUUAGUACAAGACUAUAUAAAGGCUCUUUACAUCCAGGACCAAAGUGGCGAAUCAAUUAGAUAUUUUUUAUCGAGAGUUCACAGUGCCAGCGCUGUGUGCCCCCAUAACAGGGUACUACCGAACAUGGUAUCCACCUGUAUUACUGCCAUAUACUCCGCAUCAGAGGAGUUGCCGGCUAACUGUUCGGAAGCCGAAUUCGAUUGCUAUUACACCAAUCACCUGAGAUGCUACAUUGUUGUUCUUCAAAACAUAUCAGAAUAUAGCGACUGGCUGUACGGACUUGCUCAAUUGUUGCGUCCGUUGCCGUUUCCCGCAUUGCUGUUAAUUCGUUCAAUUUUUAUGGAGGACAUUUCCUCUGUGAUAUUAAAAAUAGGACUGCAUGAAGAUUGUGAAAUUCAUAAGCAAGUAUUAGCUGUCCGUGAGACAAAAGAUGGCUGGUUCGAUUUGUGUUCGCCGAUCGAAGCUGUGUUCUGCGGAAGUUCAAUUGUCUGGACUCAAUUGCUUAAAACGUUAAUGGAUUGUGAGCGUUGUAAAAAAAAGAAACUGUUGAAAAACUUGAAAGCCAAGCAUUUGGGAACGUGCGUUUCGGAAGCGUUAAAAAACAACAGAAUAGUGAUGGACGUUUUGUGCUUAAUGCUUGAGUGGAUGGUCGUGGAAGACUUGCAUCAAAGAAAUCAGAUUGUUGACACACUUAAGUCUACAGAAUUUGGUAAAAAUGUAUACGACGAGUUUAUGUCAAGGCAGAAUCAACUACUUGAAUUGCAACGAAAAGGAGGUCCACAAAAUUUAUCAUUACCGGCACGUGGCACUGACUUGGAUCUGAACUCCAUGUUUGAUUGUGGCCCUUUCGGCAAUUUAGAAUCGGUCGACUUAGCUUUUACCAAUGUAACAGAUACUUGUGCCAAGACGUUGAUUAAGUUACCAUCUUUAAAAGUUCUCAAUUUGUGGGGUACUCAGUUUGGUGACUCCGGGUUAUUAAUCAUAUCGGAUCAUCUGACCAACUUACAAGUUUUGAACUUAUGCGAGACUAAAGUUACCGACAGGGGAAUCGUAUCGCUCAUAAGUCUUAUUAAUUUGAAAAAACUGAAUUUGAAUAGCACUAAAGCGACAGUCCGAUCAGUGGACGUAUUAAAAAAAAAAUUACCGGGCUUACACGAAGUAGACGUCAGAUACUCAUUUGCCUGGUAAAAGGUAUUUUUUUUUUUUUGUUAUAUUAUAUUAUAAUGUGUUUAACAUGAAAUGGUUCUUAUUAUUUUUUAUUUUUGUUGACAAUCUGCCUGAUAAACACAUUUACACGCAACUAUUAUAAUAUAUAAUAACAAAAUGACAUUAAUAUAUUUAAUAUUAUUAUAUAACCGUUUUACUCUUCGAGUAUAAAAAGACUGUGGCCCUGUUUUUUUUUUUUGUAUGUAUAAAUAUAUAUAUGCAUUAUUAUACUUUUACCUUUGUUUAUAAUAAUAUUAUAAAAUAAGUAAAUUUUAAGGCGAUGUAUAAUAAUCGUUCAUUUAAUAUUUUGUUAAAAAGAAUUAAGUAAGUAAUGCUUAAGUGAAAUCGCCUUUGAGAGACGAUACCACAAUGUUAUAUUAUCUAUAGUCGUGCCUUUUUUCAUUAAAUUGCUAAUUAUAUAGCGUAUAAGUAUAUAAUAUUAUUAUAUUACUCGUAUUAAAUUUUACUUAUAGAAACGCUCAAAAAAUUUCAAUUUCCAUUACGAUUUUAUUCUAUUCUUAGAUAGUCGAAUAUUGUGUUAUAAUAUUUAUUAAUAAUUUUUUUGUUUAUUAAAAUUUUUUUAUCGUACAA